ACCACACUCAGCCGGAGCGAGUCAGUUUUCCGUUUCGUUGCCUUUGCUUGUGAGAGAAGCUAAACGCAACUCUCUCUCUCUCUCUCUCUCUCUCUCUCUCUCUCCGAGCUCUGCUAGUCUGUUAGGGUUUGUGGAUUUUGUGACAAUGGCGCCGAGGAAACGCAAGAAUCAGAAAGAGGAGCCGGCCGAGGUGACCACGGUGACGACCACGGUGGUGACUCACAGCUCCACUAGGCGAGUGACUCGGAGCUUGACUCGGGAAGCUUCGAGUGCAAACCCGGUUGAGUCACGUCCCGAGUUUCCGGCGCGGAAGAAGGCCAAGGGAGCUCAGAAGAAGAAGGAGCCGAAGAAAGAGAAGGCGGAAGAGGAAGAGAAAGACGAAGCGGAAGCGGAAGGGGAAGAUGUGGAGGAAGAGAAGGAGAAGGCCGAAGAGAGCGAGGAGGGGGCUGAGGCCGAGGGCGAGAAAGAGGAGGUCGAAGGAGACGAAGCUGAGGAGAAUGAUGGUGAGGAAACGGAGGGGGCUGAGACUGAGGGCGAGAAAGAUGAGGUCGAAGGAGACGAAGCUGAGGAGAAUGAUGGUGAGGGGUCAAACAAGAAGACCAUUGUGAUUGAGCACUGCAAGCAAUGCAAUUCAUUCAAGACAAGAGCUAAUCAGGUCAAAGGUGGUUUAGAGAAAGGCGUUCCUGGUAUCACAGUUCUCAUAAACCCUGAUAAGCCAAGAAGGGGCUGCUUUGAAAUACGGGAGGAAGGUGGUGAGACAUUCAUCAGUCUUUUGGGCAUGAAGCGACCGUUUAAACCAAUGAAGGAUCUGAACAUGGAGGAAGUCAUUGGCAAUAUAAUUGAGAAGAUCAAAUGAAGGAGGUGGUGCAUAGCAUGGCAGCGGAGUUUUUGUUAUUAGAACUAACCGUCUUUUUCGGGGUAGCCAAAGUUCAUUGGCUGUUUUGACAGUAGAGUUUUUUACUACUGAUUUGCAUAUGGUUGUGUUCUAACGAUGACUGUAAAGUUGGGCCGAUACUGAUCUGGAUACUUUUGAAGGACCUAAAUGAUUAGCCGUCGCAUACAAGUGAAUGUAGGUUACAGAUGAUCCUACUCUUUUUGUAAGUGCUUGAAGGAAAUCAGUUGAACUGCUUUAACAGCAUAAUAUUCCAGAUUCCAGAUUUGAUUUCCAGUUCCGCUCCA